UACUACGCAGUACCAAAAAAUAUUCAGGUCACUACAGUUCCAAUUGAUCUGCUCUCUACGAGAGAUGAAAAAAGGAUGUAAUCAAUAUUUGUUUUUAAAACGAGGUUUCUUGUUUACAACGUGCGUUAUUUUUAGCUUUUUCUAAUUCUCGUCAAAACGUAGAGUUUGCAAUUAUUCAAUGUACAUGAGAAGCAUUAAUCAAGAUUGAAUUAUCCGCUGUUUUCAAUAUGUAAAUCGUGAAGCCAUGGAAAUUCCAUUUUUCCUUUGUGUUGUGAUUUAUUUGAUGGUGUAUUUGACAUACGUUUUGGCUUGCAGUUCAGGAUUUUACGGGGAAGGCUGUAAAUUUCAGUGUCCAACAAACUGCCUUGGAAAUGUCUGUGACGCAACACAGGGCAUAUGUAAGAACUGUACCGAUGGAUGGACGGGAAACUAUUGCGAUCAGUCUUGCGCCCUAGGGACGUAUGGCAGAAAUUGUAAACUGGUCUGUGAAGGCCAUUGUAAAGAUGGCUGCAAUCACGUGACCGGAAAAUGUGACAAAGGUUGUGAACCUGGUUGGUCAACAGAACACUGCAAUAAAGUGUGCCCUAGCGGAACAUACGGGGAGGAGUGUAGGUUUAAGUGUGGUCGGUGUAGAGAUGGCGUGGCCUGUCAUCACGUGUCAGGCACGUGUGUCAGUGGAUGUGAGCCGGGGUACACUGGUCAGGCCUGUAAGAACGUUUGUCCCUAUGGUCAGUACGGAGAUAAAUGUGAGAAGUUCUGUGGAGCGGACGCUAAAUGUAACCCUGUCACCGGCGAAUGUUGUGGUUGUACAGAGCUACUUAAGUCAGUGAAGGAGAAGGACGCCAAUCUUGACCACGAAGAGAAGGUCGUGAUAGGUCUGGCCGUCCCCCUGGGGGUGUCCCUCCUCCUCAACUGUAUCCUGUGCUCCGCCACCUGCUACUUCUACAUCAUCUACAAGGAGGAAAUCGUCAAGAAACGGGACGAGAGGGACGAGAAAAACGAACACUUUCUUAAUUAAUUAUGAACGAAAAGUUCAUUAUCAUGUAUAAAUACCUCAGCUUCAACAAGAUUUUUUACGUUUUUUAUCAGGCACAGCGUAAUGAUGAAACGGUACCAAUUAUUUUUUUUAGUAUUUUUUUUAAUGGUUAUUCCUGUCUGUAUUUUUAUCAACUGUAUUUAAUUUGAAUUAAUAUUAUUUAAUACAAAAUAUAAUAUUUAUGAACUCCAUCAUUUAACAUUUAAAAUUUCACCACGACGUUCAAUUCCAUUCAGAAAAGGUAUGUUAACGUUGGAAAUAUGUAUUAAGGUAAUGCACAUGU